UUUUUGACAAAUAUUAUUUACAAAAUUUUAUUUCGACAAAAUUGUUGCGUUAUGGCGAAUCAUCUUAGUGCAAUUAUUGCAGGAUCGUCGUUAUUCAUGGUGCCAUUUUUGUAUAAUAUUUUCACAAUUUGCCUAUUAAGGUAGUUCCUACAUCUACUUUUAUAAGUGUAUGACGCUGAAACUAACAGUCGAGAAAGUUGUAAAGCAUGGGACGGUGCUUUCUGGCUUAUUUCUGCUUUGUAUUUAACAGUGAUUUUUUAUUUUCACUUUUCCUAUAUUAUGCUGUUAUCUGACUACCGACAGUGCCAAUCCUUGCGAACCUAGCGCGUGCUCUGUGUUGUUUCUGUAUGUCUCGACUAUCACUUGACAACGCGCUUGACAACAAAAUGGGCAAAAUAAUCGAUAAAGAAACGCGUAUAUUCAGCUCGGCACAAAAUGAUUUUAUCAAGAGCCAAACCGGCCUCGUCAGAGGGUGUUCGAAAAUCAGCGUCGCGCAAGGAAAUACCUAAAUUAGAAGAAUUUCUAGAGAAAAGAGAUUACACUGGAGCUUUGACAUUGCUGGAAUUCAACAGUAGCACCAAUAGCAGUUUAGAAACCGACUUGUGGAUGGGAUACUGUGCGUUUCACUUGGGUGAUUACAAGCGUGCGGCAACAGUCUAUGAAAAUCUGAGGAAAAAAGAUAACGUACCAUCAGAUGUUUCGACAAAUCUGGCUUGCUGCUAUUUUUAUUUGGGUAUGUAUCCAGAGUCGCAAAAGAUUUUGGAAGAUGCAACUGACAGUAAGCUGAAGAUUAGACUGCUGUUCCACUUGGCCCAUAAGAUGGGCAAUGAAUCCAAGUUGAUGGAAUACCAUCAAAUGCUGCAGGAUAUUAUUGAAGAUCAGCUUAGUCUGGCGUCUAUACACUACUUACAAGCUCACUAUCAGGAAGCUAUUGAUGUGUAUAAAAGAAUUCUAUUGGACAACAGCUAUAAGUUUAGAAAAAGAAGCAUUAAGAGAAAUAUAUCCAAAACAGAUUCCGAUUUAUACUUCCUUACCCAGCUACAAGAGAAUUGCAGAGAUUAUCUAGCUUUAAAUGUGUACGUAGCUUUGUGCUAUUAUAAGCUAGAUUACUAUGAUGUAGCUCAGGAAGUGCUUCAAGUUUAUCUGCAGAAAUAUCCGGACAGCGCAAUUGCGAUCAAUUUGAAAGCGUGUAAUCAUUUUCGUUUGUAUGAUGGAAAUGCUGCACAAGCUGAGAUGAAGCAGCUUAUUGAAAAGAUAUCGAGUUCCUUCAGUUUCGGCCACGAUCUUAUACGCCACAACACAGUUGUAUUCCGAGGUGGUGAAAAUGCUUUACAAAUUUUACCAAACCUGGUGGACGUUAUACCGGAAGCCAGACUUAAUUUAGUGAUAUAUUAUUUAAAACAAGACGACGUCAAGGCGGCCUACGAACUAAUCAAAGAUCUAGAGCCUGCAGUUCCACAAGAGUACAUCUUGAAGGGUAUAGUUAACGCUGUUAUGGGUCAAGAAACUAAUUCUCGUGACAGUAUAAAAACGGCACAGCAAUAUUUUCAACUAGUCGGUUCUUCACAUUCGGAGUGUGAUACCAUACCUGGCAGACAAUGUAUGGCUUCUUUCUUUUUCCUUUAUCGACAAUUUGAAAAAGUCCGACUGUAUCUGAAUUCAAUAAAGACAUACUUCUCCAAUCAGGACAACUUUAACUUUAAUUACGCCCAAGCUCAAACUGGCGCGGGCUAUUUCAAAGAAGCUGAAGAAGCUUUUUUGAUGAUACGCAAUGAGAAAUACAAAAAUGACUACGUUUACAUCAGUCUUUUGUCUUACUGCUACAUAAUGAAUAAAAAAGCCGAAUUAGCCUGGGAGUUGUAUUUAAAGAUUGACACAUUACCAGAAUCUUUCAAUCUGCUUCAGCUGAUUGCCAAUGCAUGUUACAAGGUAGGUGAAUUUUGGUACGCGGCUAAAGCUUUUGAUAUGCUGGAGCGCAUGGAUCCAAGUCCUGAACAUUGGGAAGGCAAACGCGGUGCUUGUUGUGGCACUUUCCAGUAUAUUGUUGCAGAGAAAUUACCAAAAGAACUGCUAUCGGACGUGAUACAGCUUCUUAAGAACACGUCAAAUUCUCAAGUAGAGCAGAUAAUACGCGUUAUGCGUAAGUGGGGAAAAGAUAACAGAGUGAGUUGUUAAAUCGGAUAUUAUAUGACAUAUAAUUACUGAUUCCGUCCGUUUGUCUGACAUAAUAAUGCAUAGUGUAACAUAUGUAGAAAAAAUACAAUGUAAUACAGUUUUUUGUUGUAAUAAGAUUAUAAUUUUCUAUUUACAAGUAAGAUAAAUUCUUGAUAUAUGUUUAUAUGAUACAUGUUUAUGUAAAUGAUUUAAUAACACCAUAUAUUAUCGAUUUAAUAUAAAAUAGAUAUAUUUAAACUGUAGUACACUCAUUUUUUUAUAAUAAUAAUAGUAAUAUAAUAAUAAUAAUAAUAAUAAUAAUAAUAAUAAUAAUAAUUAAUUUUAACAAACACAAUUGGUGAAUUGUAAAAACACCAUAGUCAAUGGCAAUACUAUUCUUGCACUUGCACUUCUUAAUUUUUUAAAAGUGAAUUAUUUCUCUGAGAAACCGUGAGUGUCUUUACAUAAUAUAAAA